AUGAAUGACACAAUCCACACCUUCAUGCAAGAGCAAAGAGAGUUUCAAAAGAAACAAGAUGCAUACAUGGCUACAAUGGCCGAAGCCCUUACCCGUUUAACUCUCCCUCCUCAAACCGCACAAAGCACCCAACAAGCGUCAACCUCAAGUAGUUUACCCUCUCAACCUCAACCCAACCCUAAGGAGAGCAUAAAUGCCAUUACUCUCCAAAGUGGUACUAAGUUGGACAAGAAUGUCGCUAUACCCGCAAAGGCAAGUGAUAAGACCAACAAUGAUGAGGUAGAAGAAGAGGUGGAGAUGACAAAAGGUGAAGAUGAAAAAGUUGAGAAAUGUGAGGAGGAGCCACCAAAAGUCAAGGAGCCAAAGAGAAAGACCUUGCUUGAAGAGCCUUCACCCAUUCGAUUCCCAACUUUGGCUAAGAAGGCAAAGAAGCAAGAAGAUCUUGACCCCACUUUGGUAGAAGUUUUUAUGAAAGUUGAAGUUACUGUCCCUCUCUUUCAAGCCAUUCAACAAGUGCCAAAAUAUGCCAAGUUCCUUAAAGAUGUGUGCACUCACAAAGACAAGCUUGGAAAUCUUAACGAAAAGCCAGUAGAUGAUUCUAUCUCUUCUUUGCUUCCUGAAAAAUGUAAUGAUCCCGGCCCAUGUUUGGUGACUUGUUUGAUUGGUUGGAUUAAGUUCAUGGAUUGUAUGUGUGAUUUGGGAGCGUAUGUGAGCAUCAUGCAACUGCCCAUAUACCAAAGAUUGAACUUACCACCCCUCAAGAGAUCCAGGGCAAGGUUUAUCUUGGCUGACAAGAGUAUUGUGUCUGUGGUUGGAAUUGUGGAGAACGUCAUAAUCAACAUUUAA